CGCGCUCCGAUUUGUGCUUCUGCGACUUCAAUCGGCCAGUCCGAAAAAUCCAAGGACAUUGCCGGGCGGAACCCUCCCCUCCACCCACAUCAUGGCGGCGACGACUGUGGCAAGCCGGAAGCGAGGGACGGCGGCCUUCCUCGAUGACCCCUUCUCCUUCCCCGGCGACCUGCCGUGCCUGCAGACGAAGCGCGGCCGGUGCUCGUCGUCGAUUGUUGCCGCCGACCUCGGCCUCAGCUUCCCGCUGGAGUUCGACCCGGUCGAGGCACUCCAUCUCAUCUUCCCGGGCGAGGAUCGGCAGGUUCUACAAAACCAUUUACAAGCGUCAGGAAAUGUCCUGGAUGCUGCGAUCAGAGCAUACAAAGAUUAUUUGGCAGAAAGAAGCAAAGAAUCUGCUUCUGCCAUCAACUAUGUUCCAUCCGACAACGAGGAAGGAGAUAGCAUUCUAUCUGAAUCUGAAUCUGAUGUUUACCUAAAAGAAGAAACCAUUCCCACCAAUUGCUCUGGAUGGGCUGAGGUCAUCGUCAAGGAGAUGUCCUCUGCUUCGGAUUUGACCGAUGCCAAGAACCGCGCCUUCAAGAUACUCAAACUGUUUGAGAAAUCGGCUGACAGGAGCAGUAGCCCAGAUGAAAAGAGAGAAGUGAACAAGGAGCACGAGAUAGUGAAGCAGAUGCUAGGAUCCCUGCUCCACCAGAACGGCGUUCUGAAGCGCGCGUUCCUCAUACAGCACAACCGACUCAAGGAGUACCAAGAGAUGGUGCAGGAGCGGUCUCAGUUCAACCAGAUUCUCGAGAAGUACCGGGAGCAAAUCAAGGCGUUAGAGGAGAAGAACAGUGCCUUGUCAUUUCAUCUUCAAAAUAUGAACCAGUGCAGAAACACCUAUUGGCAUCACAAUCCAGAUGUCUUCUAAUCUAUACUGUUGUCAGCAAGGACAUUCCGCUAAUCCCUACAUGCUGCUACAUCUGCAUGCUACAACAUGUGUCGAGCUUGGGAGAAAGAUAGGGAGUGCAAAAUCCUGAAACUGCAAAAUAUCCUUUUCUCUCCUCCAGCUAAGGAGAAAGAUAAUCAAAGAAAGGACUCGUCCAUGUGGUAGCAAUUAUUUGAAAGGACUAGUUUACGCUAGUCUGAAUUGUCUGUAGAGGGCGAUAAUGAAAGAAAGGGCAUGUUCAUAUGUUGCAAUUAUUUUGUAUUAGUCUGGUCUCUCUUUAGAUUUUAGUUGCUCUCAAUGUAAGUGAGCAGAGUUUGACGGAGUUCGAAAAUCCAUGUACUAUUUGUUUUAAAUUAUCGAUCGAAUUGAGACUGUUCCCCACC